GAACCCUGUGGGUGCCGCGCUGGGCAGAGCGCUAGCGACCUGUAAGCUGAGCCCUGGCUCUGGAGUCUAGCAGUAAUUGCAGGGCGGGGGGAAUCAUUGCAGUUACGUAACGUUACAUAACGCGUGAAGAUCGACUGCGGUGUGGGGUCAGUGUAAGAGACUAUCCUACAGUAUAGUGGUGGUGUAGCCAUGGCCGUGAACAGUAGUACGGACUCCAGUUCCUGUGGUGAUGGUCCGGGAACGCAGCGGGAAUUGAAAUCAGACUCUGACAUUUGGCGAGUUAGCACGUUUCGGACAGCUCUUCCACAGGUGCUGGCUACAUGUGCUCAGAGCACAUUACUAUUAGAGCUUGGCAUGAUGGUAGGAGUUCCUACCAUCGUCAUUGCUGCUCUACUCAACUCCGAAACAGGACUGUCCAUGAACUCUACGCAGGCCUCUUGGUUUGGUAAGUGCUUUUCACUAAAAAUAUGCACUAUCAUGUUAUCAGCGUUAUCAGCUAAAAACCACACUAAUUUUUUGCGAGUAAUUCCGCAAUUAUUAUUAAGAAAAGAGUUCGAAAAAUAUCAAUCAACACUUAAACCACCCCAAUGCCCCAAUGUGUUUUUAGGGGUGGUUUAGUCAACACACUAAAAUUAUUGAUAAAUUGAAGCUAGCGACUCAGUUUAAUAAACUCUGAAGAAUUUAUACCUGGAUUGUGUAUAUCUGCCAGUAGACCUAUACAGUACAUAACGCAGCUAUUGUGGGAAGGGUUGAUUCAAUGUCAAUACUGUACAUUAAAUCAAUUUGGAAUUUUACGCUACCGGAUACUUGACUCCUAGAAUCUGUAGUCAUAAUCAUCUGAAGAGAUCCAAAAUAAGUAGGUGAUGAAGAAGCUCAAAGUUAAAUCUUUAUAUCGUUUUGACAUCAAAUUCACCAUGAAUACAAAGUAAAGGGUAAUCGAGGUGAAGAACUUUUUCUCAUCAGGUGUACAAUUGAGUGAACUACGAUGUUUUAGACACAAUCUCUAAACACGGUCGAUCAACGCGGUACUAAGAGGUAGGUGAACUGGAGCUAACUCAAUAUUGAC